CCCCACUCUUUGAAACCACUUGACCACGUUCCAUCAUGCAUCUUCAUGACCAUAUGAUUGGUUGUUCAGGAACCAAAUUCACACACGUUCCUGGAAAAACAUUUCCUUUUCCGCAGUUUGCCAGGAAACUUUUUGCAAGAAAUCAUUCUUCCGCAGAUCCCAUUUAAAGAGCGGUUCAAGGUUGCGUCCUUCUUUCUCUCCCAUCAUCACAAAAAAGUACUUGCAAGGAUGACGACCUUGUACAAAGAAGACGAUGUCGAUCACAUCAACGAAUCACCAGGCGAAGAGAAAGAUACUUUCUCCGACAAAGCGGGAGUUACCGAGACGCAAGGCAUUUCAAAAGACCCAGAAACAGCAAGCAUUCUGAAAAUACGCAAAACUAAACACAGUGAUGCGUUCACAAUUCUUGCUGCAGGAUCUGCAUUGAUCUCAGAUGGAUAUCAAAACAACGUUCAAACGAUGUUAAAUACCUUGUUUGCAAAGCGAUAUGGGUCAAAAGUAUAUACAUCCGCAAUUUCAACUCGAUUGAGUAAUUCGUUGUUGGUCGGAUGCGUUUUAGGUCAAGUAAUCGUCGGUUUGAUGUGUGACAGAGUCGGAAGAAAGAGUGCAAUCCUAACAUCAACGCUUCUACUCGCUGUUGGUUCAAUUUUUGCCACCGGUGCUGUUCCCGUCGAUGGAAAUUUGUCGAAACUGUGGUGGUGGUUGACUAUUGCUCGGGGCGCUACAGGGAUUGGCCUGGGUGGAGAAUACCCUGCCUCGUCCACCUCAGCGUCUGAGGCUGCCAACGAACGGUACGGACGCAAAAAGAGAUCGACGAUUUUCAUCUUGUGUACCAAUCUUGUUUUAUCGCUUGGCGGACCUUUGGCAGUCAGUUACUUUUUGAUCGUCUUGAGCAUUUCGAAUUACGGCAACACAACUUCCGCUCUUGAUGCUCGUCGUUUGGACAUCGUUUGGAGAGUUUGUUAUGGAUUUGGUGCUCUUUUACCUUUGAGUGUCUUUUAUUUCCGCUGGAGAAUUUUAAACAGCAAAUUGUACCGCACGAGCGCCAUCCGUUCCAACGUUCCAUACUGGUUGGCCAUCAAGAGAUAUUGGCCUCGUCUUCUUGGAACUUGUUUCUGCUGGUUCUUGUAUGACUUUGUCAGUUUCUCAAAUGGAGCUUUUAGCGCAAGUGUUUUAUCCACCGUUAUUCACAAUCCAACUCUGAAACGUACGGGAGAAUAUCAAUUAUUAUUGGGAUCGAUCGCUUUGCCUGGUGCAAUUUUGGGUGCAUUUGCAGUUCGUUUGCUGGGCACCAGAAAUCAAAUGAUGAUUGGCUUUGUGGGUUAUAUUGUGGUUGGACUGAUCGUCGGUCUAGCUUGGGAUAAACUGAUCGAAAUUCCCGCAUUGUUUGUCAUCUUUUAUGGUUUAUUGGCAUCCGUGGGAAACUUUGGACCAGGUUCAAUUUUGGGUCUUGCUUCAUCCGAAUCUUAUCCAACAGCCAUUCGUGGGACUGCCUAUGGAUUUAGUGCUGCAAUUGGAAAAGUUGGUGCAGUAGUAGGCACAGAAGUUUUCAAGCCUGUUCAAGAUGAUUUAGGCAAAAAGUACAUUUUUAUCAUUGCUGCUUGCGUUGGUGUAACGGGGGCGACAUUGGCUUACUUCACAAUCAUUGAUACAUCAAAGCUCAACCUUGCCGAAGAAGAUGAGAAAUGGCGUCAAUAUCUGUUGGAUAACGGUUGGAACGGAUUAAUGGGAGAUGGUACAACUACCGAACAAAAAGCUUCCGAUCUUACUACUGCGGAUGUGGUUGAUCGUUCUAGCGGCGAAGACAGUGUGGAUGAUAAAUGAUGACCUCUUGUACUUCUACUCUGGCUAGAAAUGUAUGUUAAUGAUUAUUCGAUAAGUCGAUCGUGCU